AUGUUAUUUAAUGAAAUCUUUGAUGUAUGGGGCAUAGACUUUAUAGGACCAUUUCCUAACUCAAGUGGGUAUUUGUAUAUUUUGUUGGCGGUUGACUACGUAUCAAAGUGGGUGGAAGCGAUACCUACCCGCCUUGAUGACACUAAUGCUGUAGAAGAACUACUCAAGCGCUACGGAAUAGUACACAAGGUUUCCACUGCUUUUCACCCCCAAACAAAUGGGCAAGCGGAGGUGUCCAACCGGGAGAUCAAGCGAAUUUUGGAGAAAGUGGUGAAUUCACAAAGGAAGGACUGGAGCUCUCGGUUGGGAGAUGCACUAUGGGCAUAUAGGACGGCCUACAAGACUCCAUUAGGGAUGAGCCCCUUUCGGAUCGUCUAUGGUAAGGCGUGCCACCUACCAGUGGAGAUUGAGCAUAAGGUCUAUUGGGCGGUAAAGCAGUGUAACAUGGACAUCACCAAGGUGGGUAUAGCUAGAAAAUUGCAACUGGAGGAGCUUGAAUGUCUAAGAAUGAAGGCAUAUGAGAAUGCUCGAAUUUACAAGAAAAAGCCUAAGCCAUUCCAUGAUCACUAUAUUCGGAACAAAUAUUUUCAAGAAGGUGAUGAAGUUUUCCUCUACAACUCGAGGCUCAGGUUCAUGCCUGGAAACCUCCAUUCAAUAUGGGAAAGACCCUUCAAGGUGAAGGAGGUAAAGCCCUAUGGUGUGGUAGAAUUAUUUAACCCUCAAAGUGAGGCAACUUUCAAGGGAAGUAGAGGUGCUCCUACUUGA